CUAGAGUCAAUCUCUUUUUUGUUAGGUUAUAACUCGAUUUUGACAGUAAACAAGCAGCCUUUUACGCAAGGGUCGUUGUAUAGGUUUUGUGUAGAAAAUCAUGGCCUUAUCACAAAAACACAGUGGGAAGGUGUUCGUUCCUUGGUUCAGUUCGUAUGUACUUUCUAAAAUUCUCAUUGACUAAAGUUGUUAAAGUGGUAUCGUUCCGGUAGGUUAGAAUGGAGAAAAGUCUACUACAGCCUACACGCAGGAAGUGAAACAGAUUAUAGUACAGCUUUACGAAUACUGGAAAUAUGGAAAAGUCGAACACCUCACCUUUCCGCUGGUCUAGAAGGAACUUUGAUAGUCUUGCAGGCCUUGCUGUUGGAAGAUGGUGAACUAGCUGAAACUCAGAUCUCUCAAAUCUACGCAUUAUCAAUAAUGAGGUUUUUGAAUCUUUGUGCCGCCAAUACAGAUCGACAAGGUGCCUUUACACGUUCAGUAGAGAAACACGAUAUCCCAAAAUGGCUGAUAGACAUUAGGCAUGAUGUGGCGCACGCCCACAAAUUGCCAUCUAAAGACAUUUUAAAAGUAGGUCUGCAAACGGCGCUAAGGUGGUUAAAGGAACGAUACUGGGAACAACAGUUUGAGUUAGUGCAAGACUAUGAGGUGUAUGAAGAACACUUUGGCUUAGAAAUUAUAGAAGUUAUAAAACUGUAUGCAAGGCUGAUCCUGAAUAUCCACAAUCAAAACGAUGAAGUUCUAAGUGGCGCAUAUAUGAAUAAAUUGAGCAAUCUCGUAAAAAGGAAAUACAAAGUGAGACCAGAUCAACUGGACGCGAACACAAUAAAGUCAGUAUUAGAAGAAACCAUUCGUCAAUUGCUUUCAGAUCCAAAUAAUCAAACAGCUAUGGAAAAAAAUGUAGAGGUAUUGGUUUCCAAUGAUUUUAUGCUCGGUGUAAUGCCAGAACUUGACUCCACGCGAAUACCGUCAUCGUUCAGGGAUAUUUGGAUUGACUUGUUGGACAUUCUCAAUGAUUAUAACUUGCUGAUUCCACUCCUGGGUAAACUGUAUCAGUUUACUGGCGAUUCCUUGAUGUCAAGUCCUCUCAGAAACGUGGCUUCUUUGUGGAUUGAUGAAAUCUUCAAAGGGUUAAUCAGUAAGAAAUACGUGAAAAAGGAAGAAAAUAUGUCUGAAGGAGAAAUUGAACGCAAGAUUAAAUUCAAAUCAUUGAAUCAGGUACCAGUGGAGGAGGUACAAACAUUUGAGGACAUGGUAUUGAAUUCACCCAAUGAAUAUGUAUUCAACUAUCUAGAAAGUAUGCUGUGUUACGGUGGCAAAAAUGAAGACUACAUAGAAGAAACCAGAAAGUUAUUAUCAAAGUUACUGUCAAAGCAAAAUAUGUCAUGGGACAAUUCUUUAGCAACCGUAGAUGAUUUACCUGAAAUUGAUGAUGUUCCUGAAGUUCCAGUGAUAAAGACUGAACCACCAGUUGAAGAAAUUGAAGUGGCUACCACAAGAUGGACACUACUAACAGACACCAAAGAAUUUCGAGGGUGUCCCUUAGGAGUGCUACCACAUCAACAUGGUGAUUCCAAUCCAGUAUUGCUUUUUUGAACAACUCUGUAUUUACUUAAUAAAGUUUUGGUUUAGCGAUAGAAAGACGUGUAUUAUUUAUACAUCUUUAUUUCGAACACAAUUUGAAAUGUACAUAAAAACUCUGUAAAACAAUGAAGAAAUAUAAAUAUGUACAG